AUGUCAAUCAACCAAGCACUCGGGUACCCGAAAGCCUAUGCUAAGAUCCGCGGAGACCCGAGUUUCAGGUCCUUCAGCCAUGGCCCUCCUUUCACUUUCACUCCGUAUUCUCUGCCACACCAAGAGCCAGCAGAAGACCAUGAAUUGCAGCAGAAGACUGAUGAGGAGAAAGCCAGCAUCCAAGAACUGGAAUUAGUGCUUAUAAAGAGAAGAAGACGGGCUGAAAAGUGUCGACGGCUAGCAGAGGCACAAACAUCCUACAGAGCAAUGUUAGAGAAGAUGAUUCGGGAUGCCAUGCACCAGAGUGUUGUCUAUAAAGAACAAGUGAGGCUGAAUCAAGCAACAACUAGUGCCCUCUUGGCUAGACUUGAAGCCCAGAAAGCAAUUUGCAAUUCUGCAGAAAGAGAACUACACAGGAAAUAUAAACUAAAAGACGAGCUAGAGAAGCGGACAAGACCAGAACGGAACAGGCAAGGAAGAGAUCAAGAAUGGAUGAUACCCUUCAGGAAGAGAAAGAUGAAAGGCUGGUUUUUUAUUUGCCAGAAAACAAGACAAAAGUGCAACAACAAAUUGAGAUGA